AAUUUGUUAAAGUAGUGUUUAUAAUUAAUUAAUAAUCUAAUUCUUAAUACUUACUGCAAUGGCCAGCUGCAUUCUGAAAAAAAAUCGGAUUUUAACGUUUUCGCUUCAACUUUUGAGUGCACGAUGUUAUAAACCGGCUACUACAGUAGCCAGAUUUAACCUCAAUCUUAGUGGUAAUCUUGAUGGAAAUUCACUUCAAUUACGGUUUCUUAAAUAUAUUGGCAUCAGCAACGCAAAAGAUUUAAAUACGGAGAAGGCUAAAAUAAGAUAUUCAGAUUUCUUUCCUAUAUCAGACCCGAAAGUUUUAAAACAGAACAUAUCUGAAGUUGAAGUAUCUGAUGUACCUACACUAUUAAAUUACUUGUAUACCUAUAAUACAAGAGCACCCCCAAACAAUGUAUUAUCUUGUAUUAAUCUCAUAGAAAGAGAAACAUGUGCCAAAAUUGAUAUCAUGGCUCCUAAGGAAAUUUUUAAUAUAUUAUUCGCUUAUAUGUAUGUUAUUCCGGCUUACACAACUCAACUGAAAUUUUAUGACCAAGCAAUGAGAAGAAUUAGUAAUCAGCUCGAUGAUCUAAGUAAAGAGCAUCUGGUGCAAUACAGUUUUUAUCUAGGCCUAUCAAAACACAAUAACCCUGAAUACACGAAUGUUAUGAGGAACAUUCUUCUCAUUUUGUCAGACAAAUAUUUAAAUAGCUUAACGCAGGAAGAGCUUUGUAUAGUUACCAAUGCUGCUUUUAAAAUGAGUGUUAAAAUCAAUACAAUAGAUUUAUUAAAUCAUAUAAGCGAAAACUUAAUAGAAGGUUUAACACAUAAGAAAAUAGAUGUUCCUUCUUUAAUUACAUUAUUGAAAUCUUUAAGAAUAUCGCGAUAUUUCAAUAAUGACUUACUUGAAAUGAUAUCAAAAUAUGUAAACACUGAAAUAAAAGAUUUAAAUGCAACUGCCAUUUCGCAUAUAUUGCCUUAUUAUGCAGAUAAUUACUAUAUGGAUGAGCAUUGUAUUACACUUCUAGUGUCUCAAUUUUUAGAAAAAUUAACUGAUGGUAAAUCAGAAACACAUAUGUUUGAAUCAAAUAACAUACGAGGAAAAGAUCUAAGCAGGUUCUUAUGGGCUUUGAGUUAUCUGGGUUGGACUAUGAAUCCAAAAACUCUUGAAAAUUUGGAGAAUAUUAUACUAAAUAAAUUUAAUUCUGGAGAUUAUAAAAAUAAUAUAGAUGAACUGUUCAAUAACGCACUUUCAUUCUGUAUUUUGAAUUAUAUUCCAAGGAGAUUAUUGCGAAUUAUUUUAGAAAGCAAAUUUAUUAAAACAAAAUCCAAUACAAGUCGAUCAGAGGAAAGGAAACAU